GGGAAACUGAAACCCUGGCAUCACAACGGUCGAAUUUAUCCCUUCGCUGUCUGCAGAGUGAUAGAAAGAGGAGAGAGAGAGAGAGAGAGAGAUGGGGAAACGGAAGGAGCAGAAGAAAGUUUGUCAUCGUGAUGAUGAGGAUAAAGAAGUAGAAGGAAGCAGGUUCUUUGCCUGCUACUUGCUUACAUCUAUUUGCCCCAGAUUCAAAGGCCACACUUACAUCGGAUUUACAGUAAAUCCUCGCCGUAGAAUUCGACAGCACAAUGGAGAGGCAAGGAUGGGUGCAUUGAGGACUAAGAGGAAGCGUCCCUGGGAGAUGAUUUUAUGCAUAUAUGGCUUCCCUACCAAUGUAUCAGCCCUCCAGUUUGAAUGGGCCUGGCAGCAUCCAGUAGAAUCCCGUGCAGUUAGACAGGCUGCAGCAUCAUUCAAAACUCUUGGAGGAGUUGCUAAUAAGAUAAAAUUGGCAUAUACAAUGCUUACUCUCCCUGAGUGGCAAAGCCUGAACCUCACAGUAAAUUUCUUCUCCACAAAAUACAAGAUGCAUUCAGCUGGUUGUCCCAGUCUUCCAGAGCACAUGAGAGUCCAUAUUUGUGCACUGGAUGAACUUCCCUGUUAUACAGGAAUUGACAGGGAUGAGUGGGAAAAUAGGGAAGAAUGUGAGAGCAGUGAAGAAUUAACAGAUGAAAUAUCCACAAAUUCUAACAGUUCUUUUAGUAAUCAAGACAAAGACGAUGAACAAACUGAUUGGAGAGAGCUUGAUGAACGUGCUGGAGAAAAUAGCACUCGCUUUAGAGAGCAUUCAUAUAUUAUCAUCGACUCUCCAGCAGAAAGGUUAUGUUCAAUUCAAGGUGAUUUCUUUCACAUAGCAGACAAGAAAGAGAGACAUCAGUUGGAUGAUGAAUUUGGUGAGAACCAGGCCAACAAGAUGUAUGAUUCAUUAGCAACCAAGAAUGCUGGUUUGCCUAGUGACAUUGAGGUUAUUGAUGUUUUUACUCCUCCAGUGCGUUCAGACAACAAAAGAAGAAGACUUUCGGCUAGUUGUCCUGAAAUAAUAGACUUGACAGACUCACCUAUUUAUGUCUAAUGUGAUUAAUCAGUCACCUGGUUUGUUUUUUUAAUUGUCGUUCAUCAAAAUAUAAUGAGCUGAGCUAGCUAGCAUGUUAGAUAUGUAAUAGUGAUAUUGUUGACUGUGAUUCUUUCAGUGGCAGACUUUCAUUUCCACCA